CCAGGAGACAGAGAGGGCGAGAGCUGGAGGGGAACCUGAAGAGCAGCGGGAGCGCUACCGGGGAAAAUAGGGGCAUAUCAGGAGGUGAGAUUGGGGGUAGUCAGGCUAUGAAACAGGAGCUUGGAGGGGAGCAGGGAGUGGGGUGGGGGUAGGGGAUAGGUGAGGCGGGAAACAGUGAGGGAUGUGUGACUAGUUGGUCAGAUCUGGAGGUGGUAGGUUUGGAGGUGGAAGGUUUGGAGGUGGAAGAGGUAGGCUGAAAAGGAAGCCUGGGUGGGGAGAAGGAGUCUUAGGGGGAGGACCAGGGUGAUUGGCUGGUGGAGGUGCUGAGCAGGGAUCCAGGGCUAGGUGGGGAAUAGGCAGGGUUGAGGGCUCAGGAGGUAUGGGCAGGUGGACUGGGAUUGUGAAGCUGGUACGGAGAGGUGAGGCAGAGCUCAGGUGGAGGUGAGGAAGGGUCAAAAGUGAGGCCAGCACAGGCUGAGGGUGGUCCCAGGGUGAGAGGGUGCCAGCAAAGAGACCCCAGAGUGAGGCCGGCUCAAGAGCCCUAGUUCCGGUCGGGGGGCACCCCCAUGGGAGAAUCGCCUCCCAGGGGGCGGCUGGAGACAUGCUGUCCCGCAAGGGCAUCAUUCCGGAGGAGUAUGUGCUGACUCGGCUCGCGGAGGACCCUGCAGAGCCCCGGUACCAUGCCCGUGAAAGGAGGGCCCGCUUCGUGUCCAAGAACGGCAACUGCAACGUGGCCCACAAGAACAUCCGUGAGCAGGGCCGCUUCCUGCAGGACGUGUUCACCACCCUGGUGGACCUCAAGUGGCCCCACACCCUUCUCAUCUUCACCAUGUCCUUCUUGUGCAGCUGGUUGCUCUUCGCCAUGGCCUGGUGGCUCAUUGCCUUCGCGCACGGUGACCUGGCCCCCGGCGAGGGCGGCCCAGUGCCCUGUGUCACCAGCAUCCACUCCUUCUCAUCGGCCUUCCUUUUCUCCAUCGAGGUUCAGGUGACCAUCGGUUUUGGUGGACGCAUGGUGACUGAGGAGUGCCCACUGGCCAUCCUGGUCCUCAUUGUACAGAACAUCGUGGGGCUCAUGAUCAAUGCCAUCAUGCUGGGCUGCAUCUUCAUGAAGACUGCCCAGGCCCACCGGCGGGCAGAGACUCUUAUCUUCAGCAAACAUGCAGUCAUCGCAGUACGCCAGGGCCGCCUCUGCUUCAUGCUGCGUGUGGGCGACCUCCGCAAGAGCAUGAUCAUCAGCGCCACCAUCCACAUGCAGGUGGUGCGCAAGACCACCAGCCCUGAGGGUGAAGUAGUGCCCCUCCACCAGGUGGACAUCCCCAUGGAGAACGGUGUGGGGGGCAACAGCAUCUUCCUGGUGGCCCCCCUCAUUAUCUACCACGUCAUUGAUGCCAACAGCCCACUCUAUGACCUGGCACCCAGUGACCUGCACCACCACCAGGACCUCGAGAUCGUUGUCAUCCUUGAAGGCGUGGUGGAAACCACAGGCAUCACCACCCAGGCCCGCACCUCCUACCUGGCUGAUGAGAUUCUGUGGGGCCAGCGCUUUGUGCCCAUUGUAGCCGAGGAGGACGGCCGCUACUCUGUGGACUACUCCAAGUUUGGCAACACCAUCAAAGUGCCCACGCCACUCUGCACAGCCCGUCAGCUUGAUGAGGACCGAAGCCUGCUGGACGCCCUGCCCCUUGCCUCAGCCCGUGGGCCCCUGCGCAAGCGCAGCAUGGCAGUGGCUAAAGCCAAGCCCAAGUUUAGCAUCUCUCCGGAUGCUCUGUCCUGAGCCGUGGACCCUCGGGUCCCACACACACCCUUGAGUGCACAUGGGCAGUGUGUAUGGUAUGUAGAGUGGAUGUGGUGUGGGCCCUGUGACCUGGCCAGGACCUCUGAGGCUGGGCCCUCUUCAGUUCAGCCUCCCCCACUGCUGCUCGGCCACGGUGUUACAAGGCACUGUCACUACGUUAUUUCUGGCCUCAGCAGGAGCCUAUACUGGGUUAUUUUUGUCCGUGUGCCUCCCAGCCCCAGCUCAGGACUGGCUUGUGCCCCACCCACCCAGCACGAGGCUGUGGGAGGUGCUGGGACCUAGAGCUGCAUCU